UGCUGCUAAGGCAACAACCAGCAAGGAGAGAGGUGAAGAAAGAAAUAUAGUCUAGUUGUCCUCAGUGCAGAAGAUUAACUACAGACCAAAACAGGGCCAGGCUGGGCAGGUGCUCACUGUCAGUCUCUGAAGAGCCGAUUUAGCUAAGCCUGUGUGGGCACCAGGACUGCUGUGGAAUGAAAUAGGAGGAAAGGAGUCUUUUUAUGGCUCAGUUAGAGAACUAGAAAAUUAAGGAGUCAACCUAGAUAAUCUCAGGGAUCCAGGAACAAUGAAGUUGGAGGAAAAGCUUGAGCACAAUGGGAGCCUUGCUGGAAAAAGUCGACCGUGUCUCCAUGACACGCAUCAGGCAAAUGGGAAACCGAUAGCUAAUGGGAAUCCGAGAGCAAAUGGGAAAGCGGAGGUCUAUGAAAAGCAGGAGGCAAAUGGCAAGGGCGACGGGCUCAGGAAAUGUCUCAACCUGUACACCUGGCAAGAGAUCCAGAGACACAAUCAGGAAGCAGACCAGUGGCUGGUGAUUGAUCGCAAGGUUUACAAUGUGACUGACUGGGCUGGCAAGCAUCCAGGUGGGCAUCGAGUUCUCAACCACUAUGCUGGGGAAGAUGCAACGGAUGCCUUCAAGGCCAUGCACCUAGAUCUGAACAUUGUGAAGCUAUAUCUUAAGCCACUACUCAUUGGAGAACUUUCUCCAGAAGAACCCAGCCAGGAGAAAAGCAAAAACCCACAGUUGGUGGAAGAUUUCCGUGAAUUGCGCAAGACAUUAGAGGCCAUGAACAUGUUCAGUGCCAACCUGUGGUUCUUCUUUCUCCACCUUGCCCAGAUCUUGAUCUUGGAAGUCUUAGCAUGGCUAAUACUACGUCAUUUUGGCAGUGGCUGGAUUGUUACAAUACUCAUUUCCUUUCUCCUUACAGUUUCUCAGGCUCAAAGUUCAUUUUUACAACAUGACAUAGGACACCUAUCCAUGUUUAAGAAGUCCAAGUGGAACCAUCUGAUGCACAAAUUUGUAAUGUGUCAUCUCAAGGGCCUCUCGGCUGAUUGGUGGAAUUAUCGACACUUCCAGCAUCAUGUAAAGCCAAAUAUCUACCCCAAGGAUCCAGACAUUGAUGUGGGCCCACUUUUUCUGCUUGGAGAUACUCAGCCUAUCAAGUAUGGCAAGAAGAAAAUAAAAUACAUUGACUAUGAGAAGCAGCACCUGUACUUUUACAUGGUUGCACUCCCCCUCCUCAUGCCCGUCUACUUUAAUUUGCAAUCCAUGCAAGUGAUGUACCUUCGAAAGUAUUGGACAGACAUUGCAUGGGUCAGCAGCUUUUACAUUCGUUAUUUCAUCACAUUUGGCCCUUUCUAUGGAAUUUUCGGAACGGUGUUGCUCAUAUAUUUGGUCAAGUUUAUUGAGAGCCCCUGGAUUGCUUAUGUUACCCAGAUGAGCCACUUACCAAUGAAAAUGAGCAGAGAAGAGAACCACGACUGGCUCAGCACUCAGGUUGUGGCCACCUGUAAUAUUGAACAGUCCUUUUUCAAUGACUGGUUCACUGGGCAUUUGAACUUCCAAAUCGAACACCACCUCUUUCCCACAAUGCCACGCCAUAAUUACCACAAAGUGGCACCUCUGGUGAAAUCAUUAUGUGCCAAGCAUGGACUGCAGUAUAUAAAUAAGCCCAUAUUGAAGGCCUUUGGAGAUAUCGUCAGGUCCUUGAAGAAAUCUGCUGCCCUCUGGGUGGAUGCUUACUAUGAGUGAUGCAGAGCCUUGCAUUUAUUGAUAUCUCUGAAGAGGGUGAUGGCUGUGCUUGUGCUUGUCUCUGAUUAACUGAGAAUUAACUGGCAAAGGCGGCAUAUAUAAGUGUCCCAGGAAUGUGAAUCCCAAGAACACAUAUCAAUCUCUCUCUGAAGGUCUUCUCUGAUACUGAGAGGAAGAAGAAACAGAAGUGUGACUUCUGUCAGAAUAACAAAAGGAAGACACUUUACUUUUUCAUUAGGGUCUUGGACUUAGUUCCAAUAAACCUCAGUGAAGUUGUUUCUAUGAGGGGUAUGAUAUGAUAUGGACAGAAGCGGAAGUGAGAAAAGUAAAGAUUUCUGACAGAGCCCAUUGGAAAUCAGUGUACUUGUUCUUAGAAGAGAAUUGUUUAUUUAAGACAUUCCUGCUGAAGUAUAAAUUUUUGCUUAUUUCCUUUCAAAUAAGUGAACUUCAAAAUUUGAUUAUAAUUAACAUUAAAAUACCUUCAAAUGCUUGUCUUCACUUUGCACAUGCAGUAUUGUAAAUAAGACAUGUGUGUUAUUAGUGUACAUUUGUAUGUGUUUCUAUAUGGAAAAAUUAGAAUUUCUAUGGUCUCCUUAAAGAAAUCCCUAAAUCCAAUUCCAGUAGUUACUGCUGAAGAUUUGUUUAACAGUGUUUCUGUUUGACUGAAGAAUAAUAUCCCUUAAGUAUAGAAUUGGGUUUCCUACUCCUUAUGUAGCAGAGCAAAAGUCCCCAAAUAUUCUUACUGAAUUCUACCUGAAUGAAGGAAAGAGCUCCAUUUUCUAUAAUAAGAACCAUAGGCUAUAUCAAGUCUUUUUGUACCAAAUUAAGCCAGUCUUAGCCAUUUCCUCUCUCAUGAGAAAAUUUCUCAAUUGAUCAGUAUUUCUAUUCUUUUUGUUCAAUCUUGAUUCCACUCCAUAUUUUACAGAUUCUCUAAUUUACCUCUUAAGAUCUUUUGACUGAGGGUUACUUAAAAACACAUGUUAAUGAGUGAUCACUUUCAGUACCACACUAAUUUCUUUUGUUAAGCUAUUUCAUGAAGGGCAUAAUAAAGCAUGACCUUAAUUUCAAGGAAAAAAAAAUGUGUAAGAGCAAGGCUUUCUUUCAUAGCAUUCAGCAAAACAAUGUUGUUGAUUUAUCUGUUUCUGAAGUCUUAAGUAAACAGUCAUUCAUCCCUUCUCCCAAAGCUCCUAAAAAAAAUACUAUAGGUUUGUUUGCAUUUUAAUUGAAUUGCUGAAAAGAAUAGAACAUUUAAUCACUCACUCUCCCAAAGGUUUCACAGACACACAGACCAAAUAGAAUAAACUCUCUGGAGAAGAGAUGCUAAAAUGGUCAUAAUGUCCAAUGGGAAAGUGGGGCAGAGGAUGAGAAGGAUGCAGAGUUCUGUCCACUCAGAGAUUGCUUCUACUGCUAGUAGAGACACAGGUGAUUUCUCCUAUCUGGGCUCAGACUUGCAUGUGGGUGAAGUUGCAAUCUGGUGGCUUUCUCUAGUUGUACCUGAUCUGGUUCCAAGAGCAUCCCAAGCUCUGCUUUUUUGGAGGGGAGGUGGAGAGUUAGGAAAUAACAAAAAGUUUUGCUGCACAACUCUAAUUACCUAGUCAGUAUUAAAAUAUGGCUACUUUUGAAAUUCUGCAGAUCGUUCAUUACUAUGAAAUAAUAGGGAAUGUAGAGAGACUAUAUGGAAGAAAUGUAAAAUUAGUUAAAUAAAUAAGAUCUACCCAGCUA